AUGUCGCCACUGCCGGAGAACACGCUCAUCGGAAUGUGCAACCCACUUCUGGACAUUCAAACCACUGUGGAGAAGGUAAAAUCGAUGAAAAACCUGGAAAAACAUGCAAAAUUUGAUUUGCAGUCUUUCCUCGACAAAUGGGGACUCAAGGAGAACGACGCGAUUUUGUGCGACGACAAGCACGUCGAGAUGUUCGCCGAGCUCACGCGCGACUUCAAAGUCGAGUACAUCCCCGGAGGCGCCGCCCAGAACUCGCUCCGUGUCGCUCAGUGGAUUCUGAACGCGCCGAACCGCACCGUCUUCUUCGGCGCCGUCGGAAAGGACCAGUACGGAGAGAUGCUCGCGUCGAAGGCGAAAGCGGCCGGAGUGAACGUGCAAUAUCAGAUAAACGAGACGGUGAAGACCGGCACUUGCGCCGCCCUCAUCAACGGAACCCACCGGUAAGACCCUCGGAAUCCCGCGGGACCGAACUGAAUGCAUCGUUGCCGUGCUGAAAUGAUUUAAGAUCGCUGUGCGCUCACUUGGCCGCCGCUAACACCUUCACUCAAGACCAUUUGCAGAAGGACGAGAAUCAGAAGAUCAUCGAGCACGCCAAGUUCUUCUACGUCACUGUGAGUGGGCAGAUACGAAGGCAGAUUGUCGUUUUUUCCGGGAAAAACUAAACUUUUGGCCCAGUUGAAGUUGUCAGAUCGGACCCAAACUUUGCAUACUUCUUUGACUUGGAUUAAAGUAUCUAGUGGUCAUGUUUCAGACCGAUCCAAUUAUCUGGUCCCGAGAUAUAUUGAUUUGAAGCCAAACAGGCCGAGUUUUUCCUCAAAUCAGUAGAUCUUGGGACUGACUAAUCGGAUCGGUUUGAAACUUGGUUCCAAAAUACUUCAAUCCAAGCCCAAAACGUCUGCAAAGUUUGGAUCCGAUCGGAUUAUUGAAAGUAGGGCAGACCUUCAAAAAUCAUUUUAGUCACAAAAACUAUUGUCGUUUUGCAGGGCUUCUUCAUCACGGUCUGCCCGCCGGCGAUCCUCCAACUGGCCGCCCACUCGGCCGAAUUCAACAAGACCUUCACUCUCAACCUGUCCGCUCCAUUCAUCUCGCAGUUCUUCUUCGAGAAGCUCUCCGAGAUCCUUCCGUUCGUCGAUGUUCUGUUCGGAAACGAAGACGAGGCGGCCGCGUUCGCGAAGGCCAACGGAUGGGAGACGACGUGCGUGAAGGAGAUCGCUCUGAAGGCGGCCGCGCUGCCCAAGAAGACUUCCCGGCCGCGUCUCGUCGUGUUCACGCAGGGACCCGAGCCCGUCAUCGUCGUCGAGGGCGAUAAGGUGCGCGUUUUGUAUUUCUUAGCUCAUUUGCAAUAGUAAAAAAAGAUCUUUUUUGUCACUAAAAUGUAAAGGUCCUUUUGCUAGGGCCUUCCGAUGAGGUCCUAACUUGGCACAAACGUCCAUCUUGACUUGUAGUAUCAGUUUUGAAAGUUUCAGCCGGAUUUGAACAUCUGAUCCUGAGAUAUACUGAUUUUUGCGAAACUUGGGAACCUUUACAUCUCAAGUCUGCACAACUCCGUCUUCGAUAAUUCAAUCCGGCUGAAACAUUCAAAACAGAUGCUUCAAGUCAAGAUUAUGUGUUUGUGCCGAAUUAGGACCUCAUUGGAUGGCCCUAGCAAAAAGAUCUUUUCAUUUUUGUAACCAAAUAGACCUUUUCUACCUUGCCUCCAUCUAAAACAGUCUCAAUUCUGCAGGUGACCGAGUUCCCAGUGACCCGCCUCCAGAAGGAGGAGAUCGUCGACACGAACGGCGCCGGAGACGCGUUCGUCGGCGGAUUCCUCUCCCAGUUCAUUCAGUCGAAGGGCAUCGAGGCUUCGGUCACGUGCGGAUCCUACGCCGCGCAGGAGAUCAUCAAGAAGCACGGAUGCACGGUGCCGGAGGUGUGCAAGUACCACUAA